UGAGAAUUUGGGGGUUUUUCUUUGACGGAGGAGACACAUUUGUGCACAAGGUUCACCUGAUACGAGGAAGUGCUGAAUGGAGAAGCGGUCUUUACGCACAAUAUAUAGACUCCUCCCAGACAUGCCUGGAAGAAAACCUCUUGUUACAGUAGGAGCUGGCCACUGACAGAGGCUCCAUCCACGCUGACUGAUGCCCAACAACCCCUGAUUACGCGUUUAUAGUUUGCAGGUUUUUACGCGCAUUCAAAAUGAAAGCCUUUAUUUCGACAGUGACAGUGUUGUGGGUGAUAACAAUACCCUGCAUGGAAGCUAUCCACGGAUUGUACAGUUUCGGCCAGCAUGAAUUAUUCUUCAAAAAGAAUAACUGCAAGGCAAUUCCUGCAAAUCUCCUCCUGUGCCACGAUAUAGAGUACACAGAGAUGCGCCUCCCGAACCUGCUCGGGCACGAAACCAUGAAUGAGGUUCUGCAGCAAGCUUCGUCUUGGAUCCCGCUGAUUCAGAAGCAGUGUCACCCCGACACAAGAAAGUUCCUCUGCUCCCUUUUCGCUCCUGUCUGUCUGGACGAUCUGGACGAGCCCAUACAGCCGUGCAGGUCUCUGUGCGAGAACGUCAAGCACGGCUGCGCCCCCGUGAUGUCCGCGUUUGGCUUCCCUUGGCCUAAGAUGUUGGAGUGCGACCGUUUCCCACUCGACAAUGACCUGUGCAUACCACCUGCCUCCAACGAGAACUUUGCGCCAGUCACUAAAGAAGUGCCCAGAGUGUGUGAUGCUUGCAAGGAAACAGAUGAAAACGACAACGAAAUUGUUGACAACCUGUGUAAGAAUGACUUUGCUCUGAAGAUCAAAGUUAAGGAGAUCUCCUACAUCAACGGUGACACCAAGAUAGUGCCGGAGACCAAGAGCAAGACCAUUUACAAGCUGAACGGUGUGACAGAGCGCGACCUGAAGAAGACGGUGCUGUGGUUGAAGGACGGCCUGCAGUGCAUCUGUGAGGAGAUGAACGACAUCAACGCCGCUUACCUGGUCAUGGGCCAGAGGAUGGAUGGCCAUCUGGUCAUCACCUCGCUGAAGCGCUGGCAGAAGGGUCAGCGUGAGUUUAAGAGGAUUUCCCGCAGCAUCCGCAAGCUGCAGUGUUAAGAAGGGAAAAAAAACAACUGCAUGUGCCACUGUUGAAGAAAAACAUUAGUUGAGCUCUUUUCAAUUAUCUCUUUCCAGUUGUCACUCAAGUUGCAAUUAUGGUUCAUAGAUUCCUCUCUAGAUUCCAGCAAAGAUGUUUCUUUGGCUUUUAAAAAAACUCACCAUUUUCUGUGUUUUCCAGUGAUUUUUUUUUUAGUUCAAAUGCCCAAUAUCUUAAAAAAAAUAGGCAAUAUAUAGCAUAUCUGGGGCUGGCUGUCAUUUUAUUUGAUUCUGCAAUUACAACUGUUAUUUCAUCAUGUCCUGAGAGGUGCUAUUUCUGAAUAUGCUCAAGUUACAGUCAUCAAUAUUUUUAAACGGCUACAGAUUAUAAAUGUCUUCUGAGCAAGGCACACAUUUAUAUCUGGCACAGGCUCAGAUGUAAGCAAAUAUAGAAGGAAAAAAAAGUCAUUUAAAUUGUAGCAAUGUGAGAUUUUGUGAAGUUCAUCCAUUGGCUCUCAUUCAUCUUGCACUUAGUGGGCUCUGGGCACCCCCUAGUGGUCAGUUUAAAAGCUGUGUGUCUUUGCUGUCGCCUCAUUAAUUGCAGUUGAUUGCACUCAGCUGGUGUCCCAGGUGUAAAGGAAUCAUAAUUAUAUGGCUAGAGUGAAAACUAGCAGAGCUUUGAAUCCAGGAUUAAACAUGAUUGACUUUUUAAAAAAAAAAAAUUACUGGCAGAUGUUGCCUGCAGUGGGGGUGAGUUUAAGACAUUUUCUAUUUUCACCAUAACUUUAAAAAUGAAACUCCUCAAACAGGGUUAAAUCAUCAGCAGUUGUUUGUUUAGGAAUAUUCAAAACUUAUUAAAAAAAAAAAGAACAUCACAAGAUUCAAAGGCCUCAAGGAACAAAAAACCCACUCUUGUAUGAUAUUUAAGUCUUCCUAAAAAGGGAACUUGCAUCCAAUAAAAAAUAUUUUCUGCCAUAGCUCUACAGACACAAUUACAAGAAUGGAUUCAUACUGUGUGGUGCAUACAUAUUGAGUGUGGGUAGUGUGACGUUCAAAGACAAAAUAAUGUGUGUUUUUGUAUUCCUUCCUGUUUUCUCAAGCAAAAAUGAGAGAUAGCUGGCUAUAUUCUCUUCCUGUUCAACAUUUUAAUAUUCUUGCUAAUCUGUUUUUUUGUACUUGAGCCACUGCAUACUUUUCUACCACAGUAUAAUUAAAAACAUGAUAUUUUUCUACUCCCAGACUUUCAUAUUUCAUUUAAACUUUUAAUGUUCAGUUUUGGUUUGCGUCUUCAUCCUGUUGUUUUGAUGAGUGACACAAGUUAUAUUUUUAGGUAUUGCUGAUGAACUUUGGUUGGUAGUGUUGAUUUAAUGAGAAGUAACUUGUUAAGCGCAAAUAAUCAUGUGGUCGUGUGUGUGUGUGUGUGUGUGUGUGUGUGUAAUGUAAAGUAUUUUUUGAAAGUAUUACUGUGUAAAUAUCAAAUACUGUCUUUUAUUCUUGUAUAAAGUUUUCAGCUAUUAAAAGCUGCCAACGACA